UGGUCUGCGUCUCCAUGGUGAUUCCCGAGUCAUCGCGAGCGCUCGGUGUUCGAUUGCUCUACCUGUUGCUAUGACGCAGUUACUAUGGGGUUUGAGCCGAGCGCGCAUGCGCAGUAGCGUUGCUGCGGGGUGUCAUGGCGGCCGGUAGUGGUGUCAACACAAAUCUAACCGAGUAACAGGGCUUAAAGAGAAGAGUUAGGGUCGGCGAUGUACUCCGGAAAGGUGAGGAUUUCACACUGCUGAUCUCCACGAAGCGUUUCACUGACACCAACACAAAGAAUUCAUCAUGAAAUGAUCCGUUAUGCAGUUAGAAAAUUAGCAGUGCAGUUAAAUAAAGACCUAAAAUAACAAAAGAAGACACAUGGAGAUCUGACGAUUUAAUAAGGCACAUGAGGAGCCAAGAGGAGGAGAGGAGGAGGAGAGAGCGCUCACAGCGAGACCCAGAGAGAGAGAGGAGGAAGCACAGGGAGGAAAGUGGCAGGAGAGGAGAAGCCAGGGAUGAGAGAGAGAGAGAGCGGGGUGAGGCGGAGCACAGAGACAGAGAGAAAGAGCGGCAGAGAGAUAGGGAUAAGGACAGAGACAGAGAAAAAGAGAAAGAAAGAGACAGAGAUGGAUUGAGGGAGAGGGUGAAAGAGAGAGACAAGGAAAAAGAUUUAGAGAGGGAAAAGAGGAAUAGGGAGAAAGAUAGAGACCGGAAUAAAGAGAGGGAUAGGGAAAAGGAGGGAGGGAGAGAAAAGGGGGACAGAGGAAAAGAUGGAGAGAGACAAAAAAGGGAGAGGGAAAAGGACAGAGAGAGAGAAAAGGGGGACAGAGAAAAAGACAGAGAGAGACAAAAAAGGGAGAAGGAAAAGGAGAGAGAUAAGCUGAAGGAGAGAGGGAGAGAUAGAGGGGAAGAGAGGGAUAGGGAGAAAGACAGAGAGAGGGAGAGAAGGAGGGCAGAGCGAGAGAAUGAAAGAAGAAAAGAGAAGGAAAUUAGUGUAGAUGGGGACGACAAGUUCAGGGAGAGAGAGCGAGACAGGAAAGAGAGGCACAGAGAGAGGGAGCAUCAUCGUGGAGGUGAAGAACAGGAUAAAGAACGGAGAGAGCAAGAAAGACGAGAGAAACACGGCCACAGACAGCACACUGGAAAAACAGACGGAGAGGAAAGAAGAGAGUGGAGGAGAAGAGAGAUAGAGCAGCAUGUAAAAUUCAACCAUGAGGAUGGAGAGAUCGAGCAGAGACACAGACACCAGGCCGGAGAUGGAGUGAUGGAGAGAGAGGAGAGGGAUAAACGGAGAGAACAGAGGAACGACGAUUCGAAUCAGAGACCCAGAGAGCAUGAGAGCAAGCACAGUGAAACUAAGCAGGAGGUGGGAAAUGACGUGACUGAGGACAACUGUGAAGGAGCAGAGGAUUAUGGGAAUGAAGAUUAUGAGGAUGAUUUUGAGGACUACGAGGAAGACUUUGAGGAGUUUGAUGAGGACAAAGAAGAAGAAGAAGAGGUGCGUGAAAGUGAAAAGAGGGAAGCAGAGCGGGAGAUGAGUCCACGCAGCAGACGGGAGGUCGAGGACAUCCGGAGAGCCAUGGAGAAGGAGAACGAGCUGCUCGGAACGGCACGGUCCACACCCUCGACCCAGGGGUCUGAGAUCUCCGACAGAGUGAGUGCCGACUCAAGGAGAAGUCGCACGUACGGCCGGGUCAUCGACUUCACCGCAGCGAGGCAGAGAGAGAUAAACCAGGAAGCGGCCGAUAAACAGAAGAAACGCAGCACCGAGCUCCUGCGCCUCAUCGAGCUGGACUAUUCCGUCACCGAGAGUCUCCUGGAUCUGCCUCCAGUCCGCGAGUACGACUUGUACAUCAAGAGCUACGGGACGGCCAACACCAAGCAGGCCUACGUGCAGUGCAACGAGGACAACAUCGAGCGAGACACUCAGACGGACGAGGCGGACAUCGCGGACAAGUGGACACAACAUCCGCCGGAGACCAGCGUCGCGUGUGGAGACCCUCAGAUUUCCCACAAUGCAUCAGGCGAGUCUGUCACCAGGAUGAGCGUGGACUCCAAGCGACUCGCCGCGUUCCUCAGUUCUGCCACGCAGGUGAUGGCAGUGUUGCUGGAGGAAAACAUCGCUCAGAGCAACUCGGUGAAAAAGCUGCAGUCACAUACACACACACUCUCCUUCAGUGACGGCUGUGUUCAUCUCAAUACCCAGCUGAACUUUCUACAAGGUCGACAGGUGACGUUGUUGCACUUCUCCCAGACGCAGACUCACACCUUGCUCUCCGUUCACUCCCCGCGCUCCGGCUCCAGCGACGUCACACUCGACAGUAAGACGCUGGUGUGUGUGUGGAACAUCUGGGAGCCGUCCACACCUCAGAGGAUCCUCGUCUGUGAAGCUGAGGUGCGGAGCUGCUGCUUCAGUCCCGGGAAGGCCGCGCUGGUGUUUGCUGGGACAGAUGUGGGCUCUGUGCUGGUGUGGGAUCUGAGAGAACAUUCCGGCUCUCAUUCGCACGUCAGAGUGUGUGAGGAGGAGUGGACACUGCGUCACCCGACCUUCUCCACCGACGCUGUGCUGUCAGGAGCAGGGCAUUUCUCUUCCGUAGUGUCCGUCGAGCCAGUCCUGGUCAACGUGGGGGCGGGGCUUAGAGAUCCACUGCUGCCGGACCAAGAAGAGUCACUGGGUCUGUCAUUCCAGCUGGGGUCACUGGAUGAAAACGGACUCCUGAAUCUUUGGGUUGUAGUCGAGUUGCCCAAAGCUGAUGAUUCUGGAUCCCAAACAGACCUGGGUCUGCGUCCAGGUGGUAAAGUGAAGCUCCUCCACAGUUCCUCUCUACAGACCACACCUCAACUGGACAAGGGGGUCAUUGGGGUCACAUCUCACCUGAGAUUUGUCCUGAAAUUCCUCCCCUCAGAUUCUAACCACUACUUCAUUGGCAGUAACAUGGGUUUGGUGAGACAUGGUACCAGACACGGACUCCGAGCCGUUCCGAAGCUCUACAGGCCUAAAGAUGGAGAGAGACUAGCGGAUGUCACGGCUCUAGAGUUCUGCCCCACCGGAGAACCUUUCUUUCUGGUGGGCUGCAGUGACGGUUCGGUGCGUCUCCAUGCCUUGGUGUGUGAGGAGGCGGUGUGUGAGUGGACCCUGGGUUCGGGUCGUGCUGCGGUUCAGUGUCUGCACUUUUCCCCGACGCGGUGCUCCGUGUUCUGCGCGCUGGACUCUACAUCUGUCCUGCACAUCUGGGAUCUCACACAGAGAGACGAGUCUCCGCUCCUCACCCAGGACCUCCACACUGACCCCGUCUCAGCCAUGGCCGUGUCCGGAGACGCCUCCACGCAGAACCCGUACUCCAGCAUCGCUCUGGCUAAAGACUCGGGCAGGCUGGAGAUCCACUUCCUGCUUCCCUCGCUCACACUUCCUCAAGCCUCGGACACGGGGAAACUCCACUCGCUGGCACAGGACACACUCUGAACUCUACACACACUAGGGCUGCAACUAACCAUUAUUUUCAUAAUCGAUUAGUUGUCCGAUCAAUCGAUUAAUCGGAUGGGGGCGGGGCAAACUUUCAGUACACUUUUUUUAAUAUACACAAAUAUAAACUUCAGACUAAAACUUUACACGUCUGUUUGUCCAAAACAGAAAAGAACCCAACACACACACACACACACACACACACACACACACACACACACACACACACACCAGAAUAUAUAUUAUUAAUUCAGGGCUGUAGUUUAAUUCUGAGCUUUUUCGGAACUCAGUCCAACACACACACACACACACACACACACACACACACACACACACAGAUCAGAAACUCAGCACUAAGCUACAACAUGGAUUGUGUUCAUUUAUUUUCUCGCUCUUUACUCUUCACUCUGUUUUUGUUAAAUUAAUCUGAUUAUUUCAGUGAUUUUGAUCUUAUUUGGUCUUUGUUAUUGUUCUUUCUAAGAAAUGUCUGGUUAGAUCAAACACUUUUAUACCUCAGGAGUACCAGACAGUCUCUGUGUGUGUUUCAGCGUUUUCACUGCAGUUAUACAGGCAGGUGUUUCUGUUAAAGGUCCAUUAGCAUUUCUUCACAUAAAAGCUGUUUCUAUUUUUGUAUUAAAUAUGUAUUAUUAUU